AUGUCCUCCGCUGUCCCGGUCGGCGCCCUCGCAGUCAUCGAAUGGUGCAUCUUCGAUGGCCAUACACACAAAGACGUCGUGGGCAUGUACAACGGCGCUGGCUAUGGCAGCGUCAGCACAAAAUACGGUAUAUCGUAUCAGGUGAGGAGGUGGGGCCCAGUGUGGUAUCAAGAGCAAGGCGCUGUCAGACCAUGGGAACUCUACACGAAAAUUGAGAAGGAAGACUUCAUCAAAAGAGGAUUAAGCGGCGAAGACUUCAAGUUUGUCCAUCCGCGAGAUCUGGAUGUAGUGAAUGGAGUUGUACAAGUACGAGGACAGUCGCGAGGACAGAAAGAAAAGCGACAGGAAGCAGCAAGACGGAGGUCUCAGGGUAAGGUCACAAAGAAACUGGGUCACGAAGCACCACAACAUCUAAGCAUCGCAGAAGACACGCAACAGCAAGCCGCUACAUCAAACCAGCCGAAAGAUUCUGCAACUGUGAUCAUGUCAUCCAUAGAUAUCCCUACAGAAGAGGUUGGCGCCUCAGCGCGGAUGUCAACCACAGCACGGAAGCGUCGGCUGAAUGAGCCCUACGUCGCCGCGGACGCUCCAGUGCUCCCUACAAAUAGCGCUUCCAACACGGAUGAGCCCAGCCAGCAAAAUGACAACGAGGACGCGAACUCUCCGCCCAAGAAAAAGCGCAAGACGAAGUCUACCUCACUGGGUGCGCACGCCAAAGUUGCUGCGAAGGACAUACCUAGCGAUGAAGAGAUCAAAGCCUUCAUAGAGGGCCUAGCAGCUAUCAAAGACUGGACUUCUCAGGUAGUUGACACCAAGUAUAUACAACUGGUGCAAUGGUACGACGUCGAAGGCAUCUCGAUGAAACAGUGCGGCACCAAAUGGGUAGAAGAAGGAUAUGCAGAAGGACGCGCAGAUCCGAGAAAGCAGAAGACUGAGGUUACUGAAUCAGGGAUGUGGAAGCACUACAGCAGCCACGGGAGGAAGUUCCUCGAGGAGAAAGGUCUCGUGUGGGUAUCUCCAUCGGCGCGGAAGGCUUACAAGAAAAGAGUUGGCGUCGUCGAGCAGUCCAGAAAGACAAUCCUAGAAAAGGCGGUUUCACCCAAGACAGUCUCAGAUCGGUCGGAGCGCAUACCAUCACCUGGUAUAGAAGAGGGAGAGCCGCCGACGAUUGCUAGCCAUACCAACGUGCUUGAGAGCAGUGAACACAUGGCCGACGAACCAGUGCCCAGUAUUCAGCGAUACACCACACCGCGGCCGCAAGAGGAGGCCGCACGAGAUCUUACGGAGGUUGCGAUGCCUAAGCCAGAAGACUAUCGUGUAGGCUUGCAUCGUGGAGAGGAUCAGGAGUUGAUGUUCCUUCUCUCGAGGAAAGUGAAGGCAGAGUCGAGACCAAGCGACCUCAUUUGUGACUUUGAGAAAAAAGGGAAGAGCCCUGCCGCCGCGCAAUCAAGGGAGGUAACGAGCGAUCCAGAGGCCGAGGCUGCAGAGGUCGUACGCUACAAGAACAGUCGAGCAACCGAAGAUGUUCUGAGCUUUAAGCGGAAGACUGGUGACGUGCGCCGCGGACAUCCCACUCGACCUGUUCUGAGCCGAAAGCAAGCCAUCGAGCACUGCACGUUUAUAAAGGACGCCAUCAAAAACGAUCCGACCGUCGAUACGAUCGAGUACGGAGAAGACAUAGAUGCCGAUACUCUCGCCCGCUUCGUCGCGUGCAUCUCGCCCGACAUCCGAGCGGCCCUGCCCACUCACGAUGUUGUCGGAUUGGUCAACGCGGGUCACCCGGACACACGGACUACGGAGAUCCAGUGGUCCAUGCGAGAACUUGAAGACCUAUACGUUUUCGCCCACACGAUGGGCGCACUUGCGGUGUGCGACAUGAUCAUCGAUAGAGUAUAUGAGGAGCUGCACCGUACCCAGCAGCGCCUGAUUCGCACCAUCGAUGGUACGAUGGAGAAAUUCGGAUUCCGCCGCAUGAGCCCAGCGUUCAUGAAUCUUCUAUCGGAGAAUGACACGCGAGCUUUCAAUUUCUUUGUCUAUGCUUUGGCCAUGAAGGCCGAAGAUACCCUGGAAUUGCUGAGAAUAUCCAGGCUCGAUAUGUCCACGGCGCCCUUGAUAUCGAAAUCCAACGCUGCGAAGCAAUCGGCGCCCACGUCCCGUACGUUCCAGAAGCGACCCGAGCCCUACCAGCGCAAAGAUCGUAAGAAGGAGGAAAAGGAGGAGGCCUGGGCUAAGAAGGUGGCAUUCCAGAAGAUCGAUCGCGAGGCCAAUAAAGCGCAUGGGCGUGGACUGACGCAAUGGGAAGCCGAGCAGGCCAGGCUUCAGAAGGUUCAGCAAGAGCUCCACGACGAAGACGAAGAGUACAAUGGUUCCUCCGACUCCUCACACUCGUCAGACGACGAAGACGUCAAUGUGAUCGUUGUGCAACUUCCUCGGGUAUACAGCAGAGCUCGCGAUCUCUUCCGAAACAGCCCUGGAUCAUAUGCUGAACCAUCCGAAUACACUUGGAUUGCGUCCGAUCUGACGCAUGCGAGAGUCGCUGCCCGAAGCGGAGGUGGGCUGAACUAUUCUGGCGAGGGGAUGAAUCUUUCCAAGGACACCGCGGAGAUUCAGCGGAAGAAGGUAGCGAUCGUGGAGGGCCAGCUGCAGAUGUUUCGCGAUAGCGGUUACGACCCUGACAAUCUGCAGGGCUCAGGCCGAUUGCACGCCAUGUCUCAGAGGGCGAGUGAAGACGGGGAGAUGAUCGAUGGAGACGAGAGCGACGACGAGGACUAG